UGGAGCCACCUCUUGCCCUGUCACCCUUGCUCUCCCAGCUGGAUAUUCCUACAAAUGUGAGACACAAGCCAAUAACACCAGUGAGAAAGGAGCUCGCCGGGGGCAGUGUUUGGAGAAGGUUCUUGGGAGACUGUCAGAAUGAGUGUUUCACUGAACUUAACGCUGCCUGCCAACACGACUUCCUCCCCAGUUGUUACAGGUGGGAAAGAAGUUGACUGUGGGCCCUCUCUGGGACUGGCCGCAGGCAUCCCGUCCCUGGUGGCCACAGCUCUACUGGUGGCUUUACUCUUUACUCUGAUUCACCGAAGAAGAAGCAGCACUGAGUCCACCGAGGAAAGUGAGAGGCCAUGUGAAAUUACAGAAAUUGAUGACAAUCCCAAGAUAGCUGAGAUUCCUAGGAGGGUACCUACCCAUGGGACGAUUCGGAUGGGAGAAGAACAAGCUCACAUAUACGUGAAGACUGUAGCAGGAAGCGAGGAGCCCAUGCACGCCACUUACCACCCUCCUGUGGAAAUGGAGAGAAGGAGAGGACUGUGGUGGCUUAUGCCCAGACUGAGCCUGGAAUGACGCAGCUCAGUCAAGGAGCGGAGCUGGAGCCGGAGCAGCGCUGAAACACCAGGGUUUUGUGCUUGGCGUGAGGAGAGAUGGCAAGCUGCUUCUUACCCAAUCCAAAUUUCGUUGACAGAUCUGGAAAUCUAUUGGGUUGAUUUGUGUCUUUAGGGGACAGAGCCAAUAAGGUUCAUUCCAAAUCUCAGAUCUUGUGGUUUCAUAAGCAGUGCAGCACCAAGUGAGGUCACUAUGCAUCCAGAAGGAGCCCUUGGGUCCUGUUCCUGAUCCCAGUGAGAAUUUGCUUUACUUUGUGAUUUUGGGAAAAGGGCUUAAUUUCUGAGUGUCUUGUCUUCUGCUCUUUUUUCACAUCCCAUUUCUCAAAAAAGCCAUCAGACCUGGCUCCCAAGGGAAGGUUGGCCAAGGCCAGCAUGGUACAAGUUGGUGUAUAAAUGAAGCUUAAGAGGGAUGUGUGAGGGGAAGCAGUUCCUUAUUUCUGAAUAUCUCAGGAUAGAAAUCACGUGGAGCCACACAUGCCCUGACCACAGGGGUAGCACGUGGUUGGAUCAUUCAUCACCCCCACUUUUGUUUGUGAUCAGACAGUAUUUAAGGAAGACAAUUCUGCAAUGGUGUGUGUGUGUGUGUGUGUUGAGUGUAAAUAAUGUGGAGAGAAGGCAGAGGUUGUUUCAAAUGAUUAUUAGAAAUGAGAGCUGUGGAAGUGGGGAGAAAGGCCCAAGUCCUUGGCCUAUUACGUGGGAAAUCUCAUUAUCAGGAAGAGAGACCCAGAGGAUGCUGAGCACAUGAUCACCGGACCAAAGGGAUAGUCUGGGUAGCAGUGUGCCUGGCAUCUGUGGGAAGCCAUGGGCAGUGUCAGCCUGCUUGGGCCAGGCCUUCAUUAUCGCUUCUGUGAGGAGGCUUCCAGGAAUCCUGGUUCCCCCACCCAGAACCACUGUUUAUGAGUAGUUCAGGUCUCCUGGUGGGAGAAGUUGGGUCCAGGGCAUCUCAGAGUCCAUCUACCAGUUCCAUGCACCACCUCGACUUGCUGUGGAAAUGUUGCUUUUCCAGAUUGUUCAGAAACACCCCUCCCCUCUUUUCUUUAAAUAACCAAGAAUGGGUUCUAUAAACCCAAUCACUGCCAUAUGCCAACCCAUGCUUUUCAAAGUCUCUUGUGAAAUUUAGUUUUGUGCCAAGUCCCCUGGGUCCAGUCACGUUGACAAAACAGGUUUAGCCAUUUUUAAGCAGGUGUGCCCAGUGAUCUAGGUUCUUGUACUUCUCUUACAUUUUGGGAAAUACCUUGAAUUUGCCGAGAACAUGACUGUGGCCUUGGCCUCACUGCUUAUAGGUGCCAGCUCUCGGGCACAUUGUUGACCACUGGGAGCUUCAGUUCUGCACCUACAAAAUGGAGAUAGCAGUUCUCAUCCUCCUACCCCCAGGGCAGUUCUGAGGCUGAACUGAAAUGUGCAUGUGAAUAAGGCUUGGAGUCUAUAAUGUGUCGCUUGUAUUUUAGACGAUUUAUUUUAAUUCCACUUACAAUCCAUUGCUUAAAGUCUUUAUUUAAAAUUGUUUCUACUAAACUAGUAAGGUUCAGUAUUUCUGUCGUUUUUCUUGCCACAAUGCACAAGACCUUAUUUUGGAAUAAAGUGAAAAGUAAAAUGGUUGUUCUUAUGAACCUGCAACAUGUCUGUGGUUUUCCUUUGCCAAUAUUACAUGGCAUUGGCCCUGGCGUUGGAAUUAAGGUUAUUCCAGGGAUAUUUUUGGUGCUGGCACUGUCUCUGCGAGGCUGAUGUGGAGAUGUUCAGUCCUUCAUGGAGGGUGAUGAGGCAAAAAAGGGUUAAUAAAAGUGAGCCUGAAGGGGGACAGCCCAGGCCUGCAUCCCCAUGCCAGGAACCACCCAGGCUCAUCCGCCAGAAAUAAAUCAAGGGUGUCCAAACACUCCUAAAAAGAGGAGAUAAGACCCAACUGGUAUUAACUGGUUCCUCACAUAUGGGCAAACUGUUGAAACCUGUCCUUGAACAUUAUAAUA